UUUCAAAAAAUAUUUCAGCUAAUAACAAAUGAAGCAACAUUUCAAUGAUCAUAUUAUAAUGAAAUGGAGAAAAAAAUAAAUCUAUAAUUUUUCUUUUUACUAUAUCUUAUUUUCACUUUUUAAAAAAAGAAAACAAGAGAAAUUCAAUUUGUUUUUGUUUGCUAUACAUAAUAUUACAUAUUAUUAGAACUCUUUUUGGAAAGAAAGAAAUAUAUUUAUUGACAAAAAUAUCAUAGAAUAUCAAUUAAAAAAAGAAAGUACUUGUAUUGAAUAAUCUAUAGUAUACAUAUAUAUAUAUAAUAAAAUUUACAGUACAAUUUGUUAUGAAAUCAUGAUAAUUAAAUAAGAGAUUAUUUUUAAUUAUAUUAUACAUUAUUAAUCUUCUUGUCAAAUCAAAAUAUAAAUAGAAGAUAUUCUAAAGUCAAAUAAGAUAAAUAAAGAAUUAGAUAUUUCUGAUGAAAAACUAUUUAGAUUUCUUAUUAUAGCAAAUUUAAUGAAACAUACAAUAACGAAUAAAAGAUAUAUUAAAGUAAAAAUAAAGCAAAUUUAUAUUUGAUUGUAUAUCAUUAUAUUAACUUUAACUUUGUUAACAAUUAAAGAAGAUAAAAGAAAAAAACAAGUUCAUUUGAGAAAAAUAAUAUUUGAUGAAAUAUCUAACUAAUUAAAAUUUCUUAAUUGAAAUCUAUAUAAAUGAAAUAUGUUCUUUGAUGUGUGUGUAUUAAUUAUAUUUAAUUUCUUUAUUAUUAUUUUUUCUUUAGGUCUUGUUAAACAUCUUUUUGGUACAUAUAAAAUAAAAUAUCAUAUUCAUGGACCUGAUCAUGAACCUGUUGAAAUUGAUUUUACACCACCAUACAAAUGUAUUUCUUUGCUUAGUGCAUUAGAAGAAUCUCUUGGUAAAGAAGAUAAAUUUCCAUUAGCUAAUGAACUUGCUACAGAUGAAGCAAACAAAUUUUUUGAUAAUCUUAAUAAAUAA